CAUCCCAGGAGCAUCUUAAGAGGAGACCGCAGCUGGCAAUCAGGGACCAGACCGUCGCAGGAGGCAUCCACCAGAUACCUUCUCCCUUCCCUGACCUGCUGCUUCACAAGCAGAGGUCUGGGUACUGUUCAAGGGGUUCCCAGAGUUGGCUGAGCAUUGCAAAAGCAUUUAUAGCAAUAAGCUUUUGAUUACGACAUGGCUGAGAUCACCAAUAUCCGACCUAGCUUUGAUGUGUCACCGGUGGUGGCUGGCCUCAUAGGGGCCUCUGUGCUGGUGGUGUGUGUCUCAGUGACUGUCUUUGUCUGGACAUGCUGCCACCAGCAGGCACAAAAGAAGCACAAGACCCCACCAUACAAAUUUAUUCACAUGCUCAAAGGCAUAAGCAUAUACCCAGAGACCCUCAGCAACAAAAAGAAAAUCAUCAAAGUGCGGAGAGACAAAGAUGGUCCUGGGAGGGAAGGUGGACGAGGGAAUCUGUUAGUUGACGCAGCAGAAGCUGGCUUGCUGGGCCAAGCGAAAGGUCCCAGGGGACCUAGCUCUGGAUCUUGUGUGGACCAAUUACCCAUCAAAGUGGACUAUGGGGAAGAACUGAGGAGCCCCAUGGCGAGCCUGACCCCUGGGGAGAGCAAAACCACUUCUCCAUCAUCUCCAGAGGAGGACGUCAUGCUGGGAUCCCUCACCUUCUCAGUGGACUACAACUUCCCGAAGAAAGCCCUGGUGGUGACAAUCCAGGAAGCCCAUGGGCUGCCCGUGAUGGAUGACCAGACCCAGGGCUCUGACCCCUACAUCAAAAUGACCAUCCUCCCCGACAAGAGACACCGGGUGAAGACCAGAGUGCUGCGAAAGACCCUGGACCCUGUGUUUGACGAGACCUUCACCUUCUAUGGCAUUCCAUACAGCCAGCUGCAGGACCUGGUGCUGCACUUCCUCGUCCUCAGCUUUGACCGCUUCUCCCGGGACGACGUCAUUGGGGAGGUCAUGGUGCCAUUGGCUGGAGUGGACCCCAGCACAGGCAAAGUACAGCUGACCAGGGACAUCAUCAAAAGGAACAUCCAGAAGUGCAUUAGCAGAGGGGAGCUCCAGGUGUCUCUGUCCUAUCAGCCUGUGGCACAGAGAAUGACAGUGGUGGUCCUCAAAGCCAGACACUUGCCGAAGAUGGAUAUCACCGGUCUCUCAGGUAAUCCUUAUGUCAAGGUGAACGUCUACUACGGCAGAAAGCGCAUUGCCAAGAAGAAAACCCAUGUGAAGAAGUGCACUUUGAACCCAGUCUUCAAUGAGUCCUUCAUCUAUGACAUCCCCACUGACCUCCUGCCUGACAUCAGCAUCGAGUUCCUCGUCAUCGACUUCGACCGUACCACCAAGAAUGAGGUGGUGGGGAGGCUGAUCCUGGGGGCGCACAGUGUGACGGCCAGUGGGGCCGAACACUGGAGAGAGGUCUGCGAGAGCCCCCGCAAGCCUGUGGCCAAGUGGCACAGCCUGAGCGAGUACUAAUCCUGUGCUCGGCUCCUCGCCUUAACCCCGGGCCAGGCUGGGGAGGGAGCGGCGGGGAGAGAGAUCUCAGACAGAAGUGGACUCAAACCUCAUUUUAGUUGUAGAAGAAAAUUUCUUACAAAACAAGCCCCACAAAGACCACCCCCACAUGACCACACUGCAAAUUGGUUCUUAGCGAUGAUGAUUUUUCUCCCUUGCAAGGCACUAGAAAUCCUUUUUUUUUUAAUGGGGAAAAAAGAGAGGGAAAGACCUCUACAAGUCUAUAUGUAACAAUGUAACCUUAUAUUUGCAUGUCUAAUACAAACUGAAGAAAUUAGCCUAACUGCCAAUAUCAAGUUACAGAUUUUAAUUCAUGAAAAUUGUGUUUUGUGCCGAAUUGUAUUUGCUAAUGAUUACCUGAAAUUGGCCUCUUUUCAUUGGGCUUCUGUGGAGUUUUAUUCCAGUCCCCUCCUCUGCAGAAUAUUUUGCUCUUGUAAAACCUCAUGUUUUCACCAUCCCCAUGUUUUUUCCCUGUUAUCUCUCUCUCAGGCUGAGCUCAAGGUCCAGAGUUUGUAGUAAGCCAACAAACAAAAGGUAGAGUUGAUACGGUAGGUUUGUGGGAGAGAUGAGAAAUGGGGCGUUUUUGCUGUCCACACUCCUGCUAUGGAGGGGAAAGGGCGGCCUAGGAAGAACUGUGAUGAAUACAGUAGAGAUAUUAGACAGAAUUUAGGUUUACAAAACUAGGUGACUUACCUAAGAAGAGCUUUGGAGACUUCAAAUUCAGAGGUAGGAUAAUACGAAUGAACACAACCAGUUGAUCCCAAUGUUAUUUGCAGGAAAGAGGACAAGGAGAAGAGAAAUAAAAUUAUUGCUGACUUCUUAGAACAUGGAAUCUCUUGGCAAGGAAGAGAGCUGGGGAGUCAGUCCUUCCUUCUGCCAGUGGACGGUGAAGGUUGAGAGAGCACCAGCAUCUGCCUGGGGUUAGAACUCAGGUCUCCCUAGUCCUGCCACAGCCCUCAUGCUGACUUUUCAGGUGGCAGAGACUUCAUUGACAAGUCCCUUUGAUAGCUAAUAGGUAUUACCAGCCUGAAGUAGAAGUCAUGGAGUAGCAGCUUGAAGCCAGCACCUGAAAAGUGAGCAGAGGCUGAAGGCCCACAUGAGAGCAUCAUGUUUAACUUGGUUCUGAGAAGAGUUGAAAGGCUGAGUCUCCAAGGAGUGGUCAGUCAUCUUGCCUUUGAUGUCCCCUUAACUGUAGAUUUAAAACCAAUCUACUCCCAAACCCACUUGUCAUUUUUAACCUGGAUGCUUGACACUGCACAGCAGCUCCAAGCGGGCAAAUGUCCUGCUCUCUGUCCCCGUCAGCCUCACCUCCCAUAAUCUAAUUCAUCAUCUCAUCGUCAUUUGGGUUCCCACCACCAGUCUCUAGCCUCUAUUCCAUUGAAUGUAAAUACUGUAUCAUACGUAGAUGAAAAUAAUUUUUGUUUUCUAAAGAUGCAUUUUGAGAUAGUUUAAUGUAAAUCUGACAGGAGCAUUCUGAAGCCCCAUUAGGAAAAAAAUUAAAUGGUUCCUCUUCAUCGCCUUAAUGUCUAAAGAUCAGAAAUCGCUGAGCAACCCACUUUUGUUUCCUUCCCAGAAACACUGCAAAGCAACAGGUGGAGAUGGUCUGGUCUUCGCCCAGCUGUGUGUGCCUCUGUAGCUCCUCCUGACAUAAGUCUGGGAAAAUGGCCUCACCCCAUUUCUCUUUCCCCUACCCUUGUAGCUUUACUCCUUGCAUUCUUUGGGUCUACUGAGCAGUGGCUGGUGAGGUGACAGGGAAGGAACCCGUAGUUUGGUAGCCUAGGAGCUGCCUCCGUGUCUUUCUGAGAAAAAGGCAAAGAGGUGGAUAGUGCAGGUUCCUCCCUCCUACCUCAGGCCUGGUCCAUCGUGGCCUUGACUUUGCUGUCCCAAAGUUUCUUAGCUGACUUUGGCUUUCACAUUUGUUCCUCCCAGAGCUAACUGAUAAGGGGGGAGGAGAAAUGCCUCCCCCAAAGAGUCGGUUGAAAGACAAGAGAGUGACAUCCUGGCUUUUGCACAAGGCGUUCAUGGUCAGGAAUAGGUUAGGGAAUGGUCACUACUAAUUUUCCAAGAGUCAGUCCUUCUCUGCUGAGCUCUUGAUUCCUUUGGCAAGACAAGAGUUUUUCUUAAAAACAAAAGCCCCCUUAUGAGUUAUUCUUCUUUCAGUUCUCAGUGGAGCACAUUUCUAGAUGAUCGUCUUAAAAAAUAGCAUGAUGAUGGAACAACACUGGUGGUCAGAGUAUCCUGGCACUCAGGAUGCUUUUGGCGACAACUGACAGGAAGCCCAGUUCAAACUGGCUUAAAUGUUAGGGCCACAAUGUACAUGUGCUCUAGAUAUGAAAACAGAUGGAACUUGCUGUGGGGCAGGGGUGGCUUGCUCAAGAGAGGGAAUACCAUGAGUCCUUUUUCUUGGACGGCUUUUAUCAUGGCUGUGACAGUGACAUUACCCUCACCAUGAUCCCUCUCCAAUGUGGUAGUCUUUCUUUACCUUGUGUCUUCUCUUGUAAAAAUGAAACUCAAAAGUAAAAUAAAUGUGUCAAAUUAAAACAAAAAUGAAAAAGCUAACAUGAAUUGUGUGAAAUUGCAUAAUGCUGUAAUGCUAACCUACAAUAUGUAAUGCUAUCUUGUAUGUUGAAUUUGUUAAUGCACUACACAAGUGCAAAAUAAAGACUGAUUCACAUUAAAUAGA